AUCAUAAGUAUUAUUGUUAAGAAUGAUGAAUGUUGGUUAGCAAAUCAACAUUCCUUGGUGAAUCAGCUGAAACGUGUAUGGGUGAGUGAAGCUUUUCAGGAGAGACAUCGUAAGGAGAAUAUGGCUGCGACAAAUUGGAAAGAACCUAAGCUAUUAGCAUAUUGCUUAUUGAAUUACUGCAAGAGGAAUUAUGGUGAUAUAGAGUUGCUCUUCCAGUUGCUUCGGGCUUUUACGGGUCGAUUUCUCUGCAAUAUGACUUUCUUAAAGGAGUACAUGGAAGAAGACAUCCCUAAAAACUACAGUAUUCCCCAGAAACGGGCUUUGUUCUUCCGGUUUGUAGACUUCAAUGACCCAAACUUUGGAGAUGAGCUCAAAGCCAAGGUGCUGCAACACAUCCUGAAUCCUGCUUUCUUGUACAGUUUUGAAAAGGGAGAAGGUGAACAGCUGUUGGGACCCCCAAACCCAGAAGGAGAUAAUCCAGAAAGCAUCACUAGUGUUUUUAUAACAAAGGUACUUGAUCCAGAAAAACAGGCUGAUAUGCUGGAUUCUCUCAGGAUAUAUCUCUUGCAGUUUGCCACACUUCUGGUUGAGCAUGCUCCACAUCACAUUCAUGACAAUAACAAAAACCGGAACAGCAAACUACGACGCCUAAUGACAUUUGCUUGGCCUUGCCUCCUGUCCAAGGCAUGUGUAGACCCAGCAUGCAAAUACAGUGGACAUUUGCUUUUGGCACACAUCAUUGCAAAAUUUGCCAUACAUAAGAAGAUAGUUCUGCAGGUUUUUCACAGUCUUCUAAAAGCUCAUGCGAUGGAGGCCCGAGCUAUUGUGAGGCAAGCGAUGGCUAUUCUGACUCCAGCUGUGCCUGCUCGAAUGGAGGAUGGACAUCAGAUGCUGACUCACUGGACACGGAAAAUCAUUGUUGAAGAGGGUCAUACAGUUCCCCAACUAGUACAUAUUUUGCACUUGAUAGUACAACAUUUCAAGGUUUAUUAUCCAGUGAGACAUCACUUGGUUCAGCAUAUGGUUAGUGCCAUGCAGAGACUGGGCUUCACUCCCAGUGUUACGAUAGAGCAAAGAAAAUUAGCUGUGGAUCUUGCUGAAGUAGUUAUUAAAUGGGAAUUGCAAAGAAUUAAAGACCAGCAGCCAGAUUCAGAUAUGGAUUCAAGUGGAAGUGGAGAAGGAGCAAGUUCUGCCUCAUCUGCUGUUAAAAGAGGAUUGUCUGUUGAUUCUGGCCAAGAAGUAAAACGAUUCAGGACAGCUACAGGAGCAAUAAGUGCUGUAUUUGGACGUAGCCAGUCCUUGCCAGGAGCUGAUGCACUUCUUUCCAAACCAAUUGACAAGCAGCAUACAGAUACAGUUGUGAAUUUCUUGAUUAGAAUUGCUUGCCAGGUAAAUGACAACUCAAACACUGCUGGAUCUCCUGGGGAAUUACUGUCUCGCCGCUGUGUCAACCUUCUGAAAACAGCUUUACGACCAGACAUGUGGCCAAAAUCAGAACUGAAGUUGCAGUGGUUUGAUAAACUGCUAAUGACUGUGGAACAACCCAAUCAGGCCAACUUUGCCAACAUCUGCACUGGCUUAGAGGUCUUAAGUUUCCUGUUAACUGUGCUGCAGCCCCCUGCUAUCCUUAGUAGCUUCAAACCCCUGCAACGAGGUGUAGCAGCUUGUAUGACUUGUGGAAACACCAAGGUUUUGAGAGCAGUCCACAGUUUGCUUUCUCGCUUAAUGGGUAUUUUCCCUACCGAUGCAGGUACCUCGAGUGUAGCUUCAAAGUAUGAAGAGCUGGAGUGCCUUUAUGCUGCAGUUGGAAAGGUUAUUUAUGAAGGACUUACUAAUUAUGAAAAGGCCACUAAUGCUAACCCUUCUCAGCUCUUUGGUACUUUAAUGAUUCUGAAGUCUGCGUGCAGUAACAAUCCCAGCUAUAUUGACAGAUUGAUUUCAGUUUUUAUGCGAUCUCUGCAGAAGAUGGUCAGGGAACACUUAAACCCACAGGCUACGGCAGGAACAGCAGAAGCAAAUACAGCAGGUACAAGUGAACUGGUAAUGCUAAGCCUGGAUCUUGUGAAAACUCGCCUGGCUGUGAUGAGCAUGGAAAUGAGGAAAAAUUUUAUACAAGCUAUUUUAACAUCUCUCAUUGAAAAAUCUACUGAUGCCAAAAUUCUUCGUGCAGUGGUAAAAAUAGUGGAAGAGUGGGUGAAAAACAAUUCCCCAAUGGCAGCUAAUCAGACACCUACUCUCAGGGAGAAGUCCAUUCUACUAGUGAAAAUGAUGACUUACAUUGAAAAGCGUUUUCCAGAAGACCUUGAAUUAAAUGCCCAGUUCUUAGACCUUGUUAACUAUGUCUAUAGGGAUGAGAAUCUUUCUGGUAGCGAACUUACUGCUAAACUUGAGCCAGCAUUUCUUUCGGGUUUGCGUUGUGCCCAGCCACUCAUACGGGCCAAAUUUUUUGAGGUCUUUGACAAUUCUAUGAAACGUCGUGUUUAUGAACGCCUGCUUUAUGUGACCUGCUCUCAAAACUGGGAAGCAAUGGGAAAUCACUUUUGGAUAAAACAGUGCAUCGAGCUCCUGUUGGCAGUGUGCGAGAGGAACACGACCAUUGGGACGAGCUGUCAGGGUGCCAUGCUGCCCUCGAUCACCAAUGUGAUCAACCUUGCCGACAGUCAUGAUAGAGCGGCUUUUGCUAUGGUAACCCACGUCAAACAAGAGCCUCGUGAAAGGGAAAACAGUGAAUCCAAAGAAGAGGAUGUUGAAAUAGACAUUGAGUUGGCUCCGGGAGAUCAGACCAGUACACCUAAAACGAAGGAACUUUCUGAGAAGGACAUUGGCAAUCAGCUGCACAUGUUGACCAACCGGCAUGACAAAUUUCUUGACUCUCUUCGAGAAGUGAAGACUGGAGCAUUGCUGAGUGCCUUUGUUCAGUUAUGUCAUAUUUCUACACCAUUAGCAGAGAAGACUUGGAUACAGCUUUUUUCACGACUUUGGAAAAUCUUGUCUGACAGACAACAACAUGCUCUAGCAGGUGAAAUAAGCCCUUUCUUGUGCAGUGGUAGCCAUCAAGUACAGCGAGAUUGCCAGCCAAGUGCACUGAAUUGCUUUGUGGAAGCAAUGUCACAGUGUGUUCCUCCCAUUCCCAUCAGACCUUGUGUCCUGAAGUACUUGGGUAAAACUCACAAUCUCUGGUUUCGUUCUACACUGAUGCUGGAACAUCAAGCCUUUGAAAAAGGACUGAGUCUACAAAUUAAGCCUAAACAGACAACAGAAUUUUAUGAGCAGGAAAGCAUAACUCCUCCUCAACAGGAAAUACUGGAUUCCCUUGCUGAGCUCUACUCUUUGUUACAAGAAGAGGAUAUGUGGGCUGGACUAUGGCAGAAACGCUGUAAAUUCCCAGAGACAGCAACAGCGAUUGCCUAUGAACAGCAUGGCUUUUUUGAACAGGCACAAGAAACUUACGAAAAAGCAAUGGAAAAGGCUAAAAAAGAGCAUGAACGGAACAAUGCUUCCCCUUCGAUCUUUCCUGAGUAUCAGCUCUGGGAAGACCACUGGAUUCGUUGCUCAAAGGAAUUGAACCAGUGGGAACCUCUGACAGAAUAUGGCCAGUCAAAAGGUCAUAUAAAUCCUUACCUAGUUCUGGAAUGUGCAUGGAGGGUCUCAAACUGGACUGCGAUGAAGGAGGCUCUGGUGCAGGUGGAGUUGAGUUGUCCAAAGGAGAUGGCAUGGAAGGUGAAUAUGUACAGAGGGUACUUAGCAAUCUGCCAUCCAGAAGAGCAACAGCUUAACUUCAUUGAGCGUCUGGUAGAGAUGGCGAGUAGCUUAGCUAUUCGAGAAUGGCGAAGGCUUCCUCACGUAGUCUCGCAUGUUCAUACUCCCCUUCUCCAGGCAGCACAGCAAAUAAUUGAACUUCAAGAAGCAGCCCAAAUAAAUGCUGGAUUGCAACCAACUAAUCUGGGGAGGAACAACAGCUUACAUGAUAUGAAGACUGUUGUAAAGACUUGGAGGAACAGGUUACCUAUUGUGUCAGAUGAUUUAUCCCACUGGAGCAGCAUUUUCAUGUGGAGGCAACAUCAUUACCAGGCCAUUGUAACUGCAUAUGAAAAUAGUUCUCAGCAUGAUCCCAGUUCCAAUAAUGCUAUGUUGGGAGUUCAUGCUUCUGCAUCGGCAAUUAUCCAAUAUGGAAAGAUAGCUCGAAAACAAGGGCUGGUCAACGUAGCUCUGGAUAUACUGAGUCGCAUUCAUACAAUUCCAACUGUGCCCAUUGUGGACUGCUUUCAGAAGAUUCGCCAACAAGUUAAAUGUUAUCUUCAGCUGGCUGGAGUCAUGGGCAAAAAUGAAUGUAUGCAGGGUCUUGAAGUUAUUGAAUCAACCAAUCUGAAGUACUUCACCAAGGAAAUGACUGCUGAGUUUUAUGCAUUGAAGGGAAUGUUCUUGGCACAGAUUAACAAGUCUGAAGAAGCAAACAAAGCUUUUUCUGCAGCUGUGCAAAUGCAUGAUGUGCUAGUGAAAGCGUGGGCCAUGUGGGGUGAUUAUCUCGAGAACAUCUUUGUGAAAGAACGUCAGCUUCACCUCGGUGUGUCUGCUAUUACUUGCUACCUGCACGCAUGUCGUCAUCAGAAUGAGAGCAAAUCAAGAAAAUACUUAGCAAAGGUUCUUUGGCUACUGAGUUUUGAUGAUGAUAAGAACACUUUAGCAGAUGCAGUAGACAAGUACUGUAUUGGUGUUCCACCCAUUCAGUGGUUGGCCUGGAUUCCACAGCUGCUGACAUGCCUGGUUGGCUCAGAGGGCAAACUCCUUCUGAACCUCAUUAGUCAGGUGGGAAGAGUCUAUCCCCAAGCUGUCUACUUCCCUAUCAGGACCCUCUAUUUGACCUUGAAGAUAGAACAACGAGAGCGCUACAAAAGCGAUUCUGGGCAACAACAGCCAAGUUCAGUUGGAAAUCAGUCCCACUCUGCCUCAGAUCCUGGGCCCAUCAGAGCCACUGCACCAAUGUGGCGAUGCAGCAGAAUUAUGCAUAUGCAGCGAGAGCUACAUCCAACCCUUUUGUCUUCUCUGGAAGGCAUUGUAGAUCAGAUGGUCUGGUUCAGAGAGAACUGGCAUGAAGAGGUUCUUAGACAACUGCAGCAGGGCUUGGCGAAGUGCUAUUCAGUUGCCUUUGAGAAAAGUGGAGCAGUUUCAGAUGCCAAAAUCACUCCUCAUACGCUAAACUUUGUCAAGAAGUUAGUCAGCACUUUUGGAGUAGGUCUUGAGAAUGUCUCUAAUGUGUCCACCAUGUUUUCUAGUGCAGCCUCAGAGUCACUAGCUAGGAGAGCUCAGGCAACGGCUCAAGAUCCCGUGUUCCAGAAGUUAAAGGGACAAUUUACAACAGACUUCGACUUCAGUGUGCCAGGGUCAAUGAAACUUCACAAUCUUAUCUCUAAACUGAAGAAAUGGAUCAAAAUUCUGGAGGCAAAAACUAAACAGCUUCCAAAGUUCUUCCUCAUAGAGGAAAAGUGUCGCUUUCUAAGUAAUUUUUCAGCUCAAACUGCAGAAGUAGAGAUACCUGGAGAAUUCCUUAUGCCAAAGCCAACUCAUUACUACAUCAAGAUAGCAAGGUUUAUGCCCAGAGUGGAGAUAGUUCAGAAACACAAUACUGCAGCUAGAAGACUAUAUAUUCGAGGCCAUAAUGGAAAGAUUUACCCAUACCUGGUAAUGAAUGAUGCUUGCUUGACAGAGUCUCGUAGAGAAGAGCGGGUAUUACAACUUCUUCGCCUUUUGAACCCUUGCUUAGAGAAAAGGAAGGAAACCACAAAAAGACAUUUGUUUUUUACAGUCCCCCGUGUUGUAGCAGUUUCUCCACAGAUGCGUUUGGUGGAAGACAAUCCUUCCUCUCGUUCACUGGUGGAGAUCUAUAAGCAACGCUGCGCCAAGAAAGGCAUUGAGCAUGACAACCCUAUUUCUCGUUACUAUGACAGACUGGCAACGGUCCAAGCACGGGGGACUCAAGCCAGCCACCAGGUUCUCAGAGAUAUACUUAAAGAAGUACAGAGUAACAUGGUGCCGCGCAGUAUGCUUAAGGAGUGGGCUUUACAUACAUUCCCCAAUGCUACAGAUUACUGGACUUUCCGAAAGAUGUUCACUAUUCAGUUAGCCCUAAUUGGCUUUGCAGAAUUCAUCUUUCAUUUAAAUAGACUCAACCCUGAAAUGCUGCAGAUUGCCCAGGAUACUGGCAAGCUAAAUGUAGCUUACUUUCGCUUUGACAUUAAUGAUGCUACUGGAGAUUUGGAUGCCAAUCGUCCAGUUCCAUUCCGGCUUACACCAAACAUUUCUGAAUUUCUUACCACCAUUGGGGUGUCUGGUCCACUGACUGCAUCUAUGAUUGCAGUAGCUCGCUGCUUCGCACAACCAAACUUUAAGGUUGAUGGCAUCUUAAAAACUGUGCUACGGGAUGAAAUAAUUGCAUGGCACAAAAAAACACAAGAGGAUACUUCCUCUCCGCUCUCAGCAGCUGGGCAACCUGAAAAUAUGGACAGCCAGCAGCUGGUUUCACUAGUUCAAAAAGCUGUUACUGCUAUCAUGACUCGACUUCAUAAUCUUGCUCAGUUUGAAGGAGGAGAAAGCAAAGUCAACACUCUGGUAGCAGCUGCAAAUAGCUUGGAUAAUCUCUGUCGUAUGGAUCCUGCCUGGCACCCCUGGCUGUAACUUGAAAUUUUCAAUAGGAUUUUUUGCUGCUGUUUGUGGUGUGAGCCAUAUAUUGUGUUAAGAAAAUGUGAAAAAAGCUUUCCAGACCAUGGCUUACCUGUCACACUGCAUUUUGUCAGUUUUCAUUUUAACUGUGUUUACAGUAAUAUCACAAUUUUACUGUUUCAUUUUUCAUGAGGGGACAUUUCCUCCUGUUUCACAAAGGUUGUUUAAUAUGCAACAACUGUUUUCCUUAGUAGCUUAAAAUGAAGAGAGGAAACUUAA